GUGACCACUGUUUGGUACAUGCUGCAUACGUGUAUAUAUACAUACACUGUGUGUACAUACAAUGGCUAUUUUAUCAGUUUACGUUCUAUUUGCAAAUGUUUUUUUCUCCCAUCUUAUGCCACAUGUAUAUAUAGAUCGACUUCAACGUCCAAGUCGAUAAAGGAGCGCAGAGCGUUCAGUACCGAGUCGAUUCAACAGACGAAACAGAAGUACAGCCCCGUCCUGGCUCUUCGCGACGCCGUCCGUGCAGAGAGAGAGGCCAUGUCACAGAGCGUCGAGGUCUCAAUCCUCAGCGAAAAAGCCGCCGCGAUCCUCGGGAUCGCCCCGCCCAAGCACUACAAGCGGGCGAGUAUGUACGACCCGCUCCACGAGCGAAGAUCGGGGGACACGGACAUGCCCACCGUCCACUCGAUGCCUCCGAGGUCAAAUUCCUACCACCCUGGGCUAAGGAGAGGAAAGGCCAUCGAUAGAGGAGUGUUCUCCAGAGAGCUGUUGAAGAGUGCCAAAAAGCCACCUGUCUCUCCAUCUCCAUACUAUAAAGCUCACAAGUUCAAGCCAUUGACGUACGUCCAUCCGACCUGGUGCGUCAUUUGCCACCAUUUCUUGUGGGGACUCAAGAUGCAGGGUCUCCGUUGUCAAGACUGCGGGAUUGACAUUCACAGACAAUGCUGCGCCGUGUCCAUAGACCAUGAGUGCAACCCUACAAAGAAGAUUGUGAAGCGCUAUGUUUGGCGUUGAUCUAACGACUCGUGUGAAGGCAGAAGACGCCGCAAUACCAAGUCUACUGCAGCAGUGCAUCGCACACAUUGAGAACUGCAAUCUCGAGGAGCAGGGAAUGUACAGAGUAUCUGGACUGACUAGCGAGAUUUUGGAGCUGAAGGAGCGAUUUGACAGCGGCGAUAAGGUCGACUUCUCUCGCUACACAGACAUCAGCGUGGUGUGCGGGCCGUCAAGCUGUACCUCCGAGAGCUCCCCAUCCCCGUCGUUUCAUUUGACGCCUACAACGAAGUCAUGAAAGCAACCUGUUGUGUGGAGGACCUGCGUGCGGAAGACGUGGACUGGUCGUCACUGGCGAAUGCACUGAAACUGCUGCCCAAGGCACACUACAACACACUCAAGUACUUGGCCGAACACUUGCAUAGAGUCGACGAGAAAAGCAGUGUCAACAAGAUGUCUGCCUACAAUCUGUCGGUGGUGUUUGCCCCCACGCUAAUGAGACCACCCUCCGAAGAACUCUCACUUGUCAAAGACAUUCCUCUCCAGAGACAUUUCGUCGAGAUUCUCAUCCUAAAACAUGAAAUUCUCUUCGCUUGAUUUAUUCUUCACUUUUGUGUAUCAAUGUUUUGUGUUGUAAAGUCAUGUUGUCCCACUGAUCAUGUGACAUAAGACACACGAUGUCAUGUGAUAUUACACUGAAAUCAUGGCCUCAUUAUGACAUCACCCUAAUAAUGUAUUGUCCUUAUUGCUUAUCAUGUGAUUGUUGCUUUGUGUAUUGUCGUAUUAUUAUGUUCACUGUUUUGACCUGCAAAUUG